UUGUUUCACGACGACCUCAUUUGCGAGACGGAUAGGGCACGUUUGAUUGACAACAAACAGAAUUUUAAACGGGUGAAAUUUCUUCACCUUUUUUAUAUUCGACAGCCGCUCCAACAUUGCAUUGUAACUUGUUAAGAUAGGAAAGAAGCGCUCUAGCAGACAGGUAUUGCUAAAAUAUUUAUGUCAGUCCAUAGUCAAGUGCUUGAAGUUGCUCUAUGACGAUACUAUCACCUAAAAUCUUUAAACAUCGACGAGAGCAAUGGCCACAUGAUUACUAAGUGUCAGUUUUUUCAUUACAAAGUAACAUUAUCUUUAGCUCGCCUAUACUUGUACUGGGGUCCCAUCCCGAGCUAGCAUUCUGUUGACAUCAGUUGUGCUAACGUUAGUGAAUCAAGUGCGUAGGGACAUGUCGGAGUCCGGUCACAGUCAGCCCGGGAUGUACGGGCAGGGACGCAGGAGGAGGAGACGCAGGGGAGACAGAGAUGCUGGACCUCCGGGGCAAAAUCUGUCCGGUCCUAGUCGGGAUCGAGAAUACCAACCGAGAGAACGAAGAGACGCGAGCGAGGACCCUCCAGGCCCACUCAUUCAGAAGACCCCCAUCAUUCUUGCAAAACCCCCUGGGGAAAGGGCCAAACCAAUACAGAAUGCACCUGUCAGUGGAGCUCCAGUCCCGGAGAAGCCCAUCAUGCUAAUGAAAGCCAGGGAUGAUGGAGGGAAACCAGGGACCCCACCAGAAGUGGCAGCUCAGCCUUCUGGUCCUGGGUCCUUCAAGACAGAGAGGGAAGGGCAGCGACCUACCCAGCUUGUAUACUAGAUCCAAAACCGAGGAAUGGGUGCUUCCUCGUCAAGUAGUGCUGUGGACCCUAUGGUUGGCCAGUCUAAACUACUCCCUCCGGAGAAGAUGAAGCACAGCAUUAAGUUAGUGGAUGAUCAGAUGAACUGGUGCGACAGUGCCAUGGAGUACUUGAGGGACCAGACAGAUAUGUUGGUGGUGGGAGUCAUUGGCCUUCAGGGAACUGGGAAAUCUACAAUCAUGUCACUGUUAUCUGCCAACACUCCCGAGGAAGAUCAAAGGAAUUAUGUAUUCAGAGCCCAGACUCAAGAAAUCAAGGAGAGAGGAGGAAAUCAGAGCACCGGGAUUGAUUUCUUCAUCACUCAGGAAAGAGUUAUUUUUUUGGAUACACAGGUAAGAAUGAAUCAAUGUGUAUACUGAGUAUUGUUGUCAUGA